AUGUUUUCACUAAGAUUAUGUAGUAAAAAACCAUUCGCCUCACUCACCAGCCUCUCGUCGCCAUCUGGCCUCAUCAAUCGGCAAAAUCUCAUCCGAGCUCGCCACCUACAGCCCAUUGAAAGCAAAUGUCUCUUCCGGCGAUGCUACGCCCAACUACCCAAAAAGCCCAUCUCAAAACCGAAUCUCUCAGCAGUUGAACAGGCCAAGCAGCAGGCAAAAGUCGCCGCUGCUAAUGUUGGGUCUAAGCACUACGAUAUUGCUGAGAGACUGCUCAUCUAUCAUGCGGGUACGGGGAGGAUAACGUUUCUGGCCAUGGUCAAGGUGACGACGUUGUUUCUCGGAGCGUUUUUUACGUUUGUUGUUGUUCCAGGAUAUAUCAAGGCCGAGAAGCCAGAGUGGGAGACUGUAGGAGUUGCUCUUUGCGGCCUCAUCCCUCUCAUCUUCGUCGCAUACACCACAUCUCCCUUUGUCACUCACAUUUACAUCCACCUCCCUCCAGCCGCACGCACCAGCCGCCCCGUCCUCGAGCGCUUCAUCCACAGCGCUCUGCCCCCCUCGACGGAGCUUACCCUCACGACCAUGAGCGCCAUCGCAAAGCCUCGCUACAGCACCAUGCAAGCGGGCCACCUGCGUCCAUCGAACCGGCGGUUUGGCAUUGUAAACUACGUGCGAGACGCCGAGGACGCAAUGGCGGAGAAUGAGACGAGGAAAUGGUACAACUUGCGGGCCAUGAGCAAGUUUGGCGUGCAGGAGGUGAGGCCGCAGAAGAAGAAGGUCAAGGGAAAGAAGAGCAAAGAUUUGACCGAGGCGUGGAUCUGGGAUGCGUUGAAGGAUAAGAUUGAGAAGAGGGCGGUUGUGGACUCUGGCAAGGCGGCGUAA